CCCCCAGGUCCGGGCAUGAACCGCAGCACCCGCUUCUCCGCCGCCACCGCGCGGUCGCUGACCCUGCUGGUGUACCGGCAGACCGGGGCGCCCUUCCCCUUCGACCUGGCUCACCACGCCUGCCCGCUGGGGGCCAAGGGGAUAAGAUGUGUAGCCAAGCGGAUGGACUUUGAUAGGGAUACUAAGGUGCUGAUCUCCGGGUACCUGGACACGCGCUACUCCCCGCUGAUGCGGCAGCUGGCGCGGCAGCAGCUGGCUCGGCGCUGCAACGUGCUCGUGCUGGAUAUCUUCCCUGUGCUGUUCCGCUCCUACCCCAUCGCGGCGCGCACCACGCGGCCUCUAGGCGCGCGCCUGGGCACCUUCCUAGCGGGCCUCUCCCCGCGCCUGCUGCCCUCCCGCCUGCACAUCCUGGGCGGCAGUCUCGGCGCACACAUCGGCUACUACGCCGCCAGGCAGUACCGGGAUCUGACGGGGGACACGCCUGAUAGACUCACUGGGAAUACUUUCACGACCCGUGCCAUGGGCCACACCAAAGGUGGAGAAUUGGGCUCUCUCAUAAGAACUAGUGAACCUUCAGUUACAUUAGGCAUAGAUUGA